GUGGGAAUCAUGUCGCAAUGUUUUCGCCUCUUUUUUGGGGGCCACAGCAGAUAAGUAGAACUGCAGAAGCAUUGCUCAAAAACAUGUUCAAAUUCUCCGAGGCUUGCUGAAGAAGUUGCAGUCAUCUUUUGAGGUGCAUUGGAUGGGUCUGCUGACUAACAGAGUGGAGAGGCAUGAAAUCAAACCCGGGGAUCAUAUCUACACUUACAGAGCAGUCUUCGCUUACUCUCAUCACGGUAUCUUUGUUGGGGGUAGCAAAGUAGUUCAUUUCACCCGUGUUGGAAACACUUCCAGCUCGGACUCUGAAGUAUACGACGAAGCUGAAGAAUGCCCGACCUUUCCUGACUGCGGAUUCAGGCAGCCGGAUAGUGGAGUUGUCCUCUCAUGUCUAGAUUGCUUCCUCCGUAAUGGCUCCCUUUACUCCUCCGUAAUGGCUCUCUAA